AUGUCUCUCCCUGCCAGGCAACAGAACCAACAUUGUAUUUAUCCUCAAGUCUUCUGGACAAACAGCAGUGCCAUUUCUAGCUCUGAGUAUGCCCCAUCAGGAUUGUGCCCCAUUGGGUUUGCACCCCAUCAGGAUAUUUGCCCCCCUUUGCCUGCGCCUGAGAGAAAAAGGAAAAGGCAGACCAAAAGAGAUGGCACAUGCAGCUGUUUCCUGGUGGUUUUUUCGCUGGCCCUUUUGGCCCUCGCUGGGGUUGGGUUGGCAAUGUUUCAGAUUUUCCACCUGCAAGAGGAAUUCCAUGCACUGAGAGAGGUUUCCUGCUCUGGACACGUGCCUCAAUCUCCUGAGAUGCUCAAAGGAUUCCUGAACAGAACAACAGAAAAUAAAGUCAAGAGGAGAGCACACUUAACAGGCAAAGCAAACCAGCGAUCCCUUCCACUGGAAUGGGAAAGUACCUACGGACAUGCGUUCAUCUCUGGCGUUCAGUAUGAAAACAGGGGUUUGGUGAUUGAUGAAGCUGGCCUCUACUUUGUGUACUCCAAAGUGUUCUUUCGGGGUGAGACCUGCACCACUCAGCCUAUUGACCAUGUGGUUUUCAAAAGAAACCCAGCUUAUCCUGAUACCCAGGUGCUGAUGGAGGACAGAAAAAUGAACUACUGCAUGGCAAUGGACAUGUGGGGCAGAAGUAGCUACCUGGGUGCUUUGUUCAACCUUUCCAGGCAGGACAGCCUGUAUGUGAGUGUCUCUGAAGUCACACUGGUGAAUCCUGAGGAGUCAAAAACCUUCUUUGGCUUAUAUAUGCUUGAAGAAACAAACUAGCAUUCAGCAUAUAGGCUAUGUGGGAACUCUGGACAAUAUGAGAAUUAUGUGAGACAGUUUGGAUUAUUAUGGAUUACAAAUAUUGCUUCUCUUGGAAGCCUAUCAGACUCCAUGACUUCACUUUUUACACUGAGAUUUUCAAAGCAGGCCUGAAAUGCAUCUCCACAGCUUUAAACUGAGUACUGACUUUUCCUGCUGGAUUCCUUCAGGGCCAAACAGCUGUGCACCGCACAUGAAUGGCUAUGCAGAAGGCUCCAGGAAAUCCCCUCUUCCAAGCAAAGCAGGGUAUUUGCAGCAUUACAAGCUGACCUUAUUUACCAAACAUGACAGCCAAAUUUGGACCCAUGCAGGAAGAGAUGUUCUUCAGUGGAGCGGCAACUAAGAUGUGAAGGGAGAGAAAAUGUUAUUGGUUGCUUCCUAGAGGGUGACAAUUCAAUCUGAUUUCAUCCUGCAUUUAUGCCUGAGGGCCUGUCCCUGCUGCUGCCGUCCCAUGCUUCAGUCUUGACAUGACGUGUCAGUCUCUACCUUAGGGAUGGAAAGUCCUCUCAAUUUUGGUUCUCUCCGUUUCUCAUUUUUCCAGCCUGAAAUUCAGUUCUCCUCAUUUCUGCAACAAUUUGCUCAUUUUUAAAAACCCUCGUGAAAAUUCUCCAGCAUUUUAGUGCAAAUUUCUCCUAAUAAACACAUUUUUGUAAGUGGUUUGACGAAUGUACACAUUUUUGCAAGCCAUUUCUUGUCAUAUAAGGCUCCUGCUGGGAGGAAGGGCAGGAUAUAAAUUAAAUAAAUAAAUAAAUAAAAUGCAUUUUUGUAUUUUAUGU